CUCGACCGUCGACGACAACACUCGAGUUGUUGUUGAGUAUAUAUACGGCUCGUCGAGUAACGGAGCGUUGCAAGAAGUCGUUGAGGAUACAAUUCGUAUAGCCUUGCCUUGCAACUUAUCAAUAUACAAGACCUUUACUUGAAGUCAUCGCUUCGUGUUCGUUUGGCCUGGUAGUAUGGCUCUGCCUCGUUCUUGGAUCAAGCUACGCUCUUUUGCCCGCAUGUCCUCGACGAAGGCUUCAGCAAAUGAGGGCCUUACAUUUCAUAUGGCGCCUCUCCCACCAAAGACGCAUCAUCACCGCCAGAUUCCGUCCUCUGCUUUCCCGCGAGGUUAUCUCUUAGGUGGAACUCAUGCAGGAGUCAAGAAAAAGGCGGGGAUCCUAGACCUCGGGCUUGCUAUUUCAUCAACAGCUCAACCGGCAGCUGCAGCGGGCGUGUUUACGAGGAACGCUGUCGCAGCCGCUCCUGUUCUCGUGUGUCAGGAUGUGUUGCAGAAUACGGAGGGGAGGAUACGUGGUGUUGUCGUUAAUAGUGGGUGUGCGAAUGCCGUAACUGGAAAGAAAGGGAUGGAGGAUGCGUGGAGUAUGGUGAAGGCCGCUGAUACAGUUGCAAACGCGUUAAUCGACAAAUCGGUUGGGAAAGGUGUGCAAGAGGGCGAGAAGGCAGAGAGUUUGGUUAUGAGCACAGGUGUCAUCGGACAACCGCUUCCAAUUGACAAAAUCCUUUCCGGUAUAUCAUCCUUCAAACCAUCUUCGACAAACGCUCCCGACCCCAAUGCCGAAUCUUCACCUAUGGGACACACUUUCACGCACUGGGAACGCGCCGCACACGCGUUCAUGACGACGGACACGUUCCCCAAGUUACGCGCCGCGUCCUUUUCCGUAGGUGGACGUGAAUAUCGUAUUGGUGGAAUGACGAAAGGCGCAGGGAUGAUUCAUCCGAACAUGGGGUUACCACCAUCAGGAGGGAAAAAGGAAUUACACGCAACGUUACUUGGCUUAAUCCUCACCGACGCACCCGUAACCCCUCAAGCGCUAAGCGAAGCAGUCGCAUAUGCCACGGAUCGGUCGUUCAACUCUAUCUCCGUCGAUGGAGACAUGAGUACGAACGAUACUCUGCUUGUACUUGCUAACGGUGCUGCUGUACCGGCGAAUGAGCUGAAGAACGCGACGAUCGAUGUGAAUAGCGGCGAUGCGUUCGUACAGUUCCGAGAUGCAUUGACGAACUUCGCGGCAGAGCUUGCACAAUUGGUCGUCCGUGAUGGGGAGGGUGCGACAAAGUUCGUUACUGUUACUGUAGAUGGCGCUGCGACGUACGCCGACGCGCAUGCUAUCGCCUCUCGGAUCUCUACUUCCGCGCUCGUGAAGACUGCACUUUACGGAGAAGACGCGAACUGGGGCCGCAUCCUAGCAGCAACAGGCUCCAUCCCACCCUCCUCUCUCACAAAACCCGUCAACCCUUCCCUCGUCUCCGUCUUCCUCCUCCCAUCCCCUCUCUCAUCCAACUCAACUCCCCUCCGGCUCCUCGAAAAGGGCGAACCAGUCGGCGUAGACGAAGUCCGCGCCAAGGAAAUUCUACGCAAUGAAGAUAUCGAGAUACGCGUCGAGUUAGGUUUAGGUGGGGAGAAGGCGACGUAUUGGACUUGUGAUUUUAGUUAUGAAUACGUACGCAUCAACGGAGACUAUCGCAGCUAAAUUGAAUAUCAUUCUACCCUCUUCCCUCUACAGUCAAGUCAUUACACAAAGU